GCUCGGGUCCAAAAGCAAAGUCGAAUAGCUUUUUCCCCAGCUUUGUUUGUGGUCAUCUUGCAAAGCAUGUUGAAGCUCGGCAUUUGGUUAAAUUAAAAGAGGAUCGUUCCAUUCUACGUUUUAAUGAUAUUGAUAAGAUUAGCUCUAUUUACUGUGACUAUAUCUAUAAAGAAAAAGGCAAAACAUUAAAGAGAGAUUUGAAGAGUAGGAGAGACAAUUUCUUAAAAAUAAUGGUGCAAUUAGAAAAUGAUGGGUUACUGGAGAACGUUGGUAGUGGGAAAGACUAUGGCAAAGAAUUUCUCAAGUAUGCGGUUAAAAAUAGUGAAAUGUGGCAUUCACUUACAAAGAAUUAUUCUGUUCCGAGAAAUCUUCGCAUGGUAAUACGGACAUUUUCUUGA